GAGUCUGCAGGAUCCAGCUGUCCUUCUAUGAGAAGUGACAGCUCCAAAGUUGAUGUUUUAAACUUCAGGGAUGAACCUGGACCCUCAGACACAACAGAGAGGAAGGCGAUCUCAGAGGAUCCAGUCUCUACCAGCUGUGGACCAGAAAAAUCCAGGACUGAAGCACAACUGCAGAUAUCCACAGAUGUUGGUCUGCAGGAGAUUUUAAAUGAACAUAAAAUACAUCUAAAGAGACAAUAUGAACGUGUGACUGAAGGAUUUGGUGAAUCAAGAAGUGGAACCCUCCUCAACACGAUCUACACUGAGCUUUACAUCACAGACAAACAGAGUGAAGAGGUUCAUACUCAACAUGAAGUGAGACAGCUGGAGACAACUUCACAAACAGAUACCGUCCAUGCCCCAACAAUCAAGUGUCACAAACUCUUUGAAGUUUUAACUCGCCUGAUGAGACCAAUCAGAGUGGUUCUGAUGAACGGAAUCGCUGGCAUCGGAAAAACCUUCUCAGUGCAGAAAUUUAUUGUGGACUGGUCAGAGGGCUUGGAAAACCAAGACAUCAACAUAGUGAUUCUGCUUUCAUUCAGGGAGUUGAAUCUCAUUAAAGAUGAGCAGUACAGUCUUCUGGAGCUGCUCCAUGUUUUCUAUCCAACAUUGCAGAAAGUCACCACAGAGAAACUGACUCUUUUCAAACUUUUGUUCAUCUUUGAUGGCCUGGAUGAAAGUCGACUUUCACUGAAGUUCAGUAAAAGGAAGAUUGUUUCUGACAUUACUCAGACAUCAUCAGUCAAUAAGUUAGUAACAAACCUCAUAGAAGGGAAGCUACUUCCCUCAGCUCUCAUCUGGAUAACUACCCGACCUGCAGCAGCCAAUCAGAUACCUCCUAAAUGUGUUGACAGGGUAACAGAAGUGCGAGGCUUCACUGACGCUCAGAAGGAGGAGUACUUCAGGAUGAGAUUUAGUGAGAAAGAGCUGUCCAGAGUUAUCUCCCACAUUAAGAAAUCCAAAAACCUCAAUGUCAUGUGUAAAAUCCCAGUCUUCUGCUGGAUCACUGCCACAAUCCUUGAGUACAUAUUGAGUACAGACCAAAGAAGAGAGCUACCAAAGACCCUGACUGACAUGUACUCGUACUUCCUACUGGUUCAGACAAAGAGGAAUAAGCACAAGUACCAAAAAGAACAUGAAACAAGUGCACAGGAGCUGACAGAUGCUGACAAAGAAGUUCUUCUGAAGCUGGGGAAGCUGGCAUUUGAAAAUCUGAAAAAAAGAAACAUCAUAUUCUACCAAGAAGACCUGGAAAAGUGUGGUCUGGAUCUCACAGAGGCAUCAGUUAAUUCAGGGGUUUUUACAGAAAUCUUUAAAAGAGAGUGUGUGAUUUUCCAAAAACCAGUCUACUCCUUUGUUCAUCUGAGCAUUCAGGAGUUUCUGGCUGCUGCUUACACAUUUCACUGUUACACCAACAGGAAAACAGAGGUACUAAAGGAAGUCCUGGGGAAAGAAUAUAAUAAGACAUCUCUGGACAUUUUUCUGAGCAAAGUCAUGGAAAAGUCCCUCCAAUGUAAAAAUGGCACUCUGGACCUGUUUGUUCGCUUCCUGCAUGGCCUCACACUAGAGUCCAACCAAAGACUCUUAGUAGGUCUGCUGAGUCAGACAGAGAACAACCCAGAAGUUAUCCAGAAAAUCAUCAACAACCUAAAAGAGAUCAGACGUUCUCAAAUCUCUCCUGACAGAAGCAUCAAAAUCUUUCAUUGUCUGAUUGAGAUGAAUGACAGCUCAGUGCUUCAGGAGAUCCAAGAAUUCCUGAAAUCAGAGACAAAACUCUCUGAGAUCCACUGCUCAGCUCUGGCCUACAUGCUGCAGAUGUCAGAGGAGGUUCUGGAUGAGUUGGACCUGCAGAAGUUCAACACAUCAGAUAAAGGACGACACAGACUGAUUCCAGCUGUGAGCAACUGCAGAAAGGCUCUACUAAAAGCUUAUCAUCUCUCAAAGACUCACUGUGAAGUUGUGGCCUCAGCUCUGAAAUCCGACCCCUCCCAUCUGGUGGAGUUGGACAUGACUGGAAACAAGCUGCACAAGUCAGGACUAAAUAUUUUGUCUGCUGGACUGUCGAGUCCAGACUGUCAACUAGAGACUCUGAGGUUGGAGAGCUGUCAGUUGCUAGAUAUCAGCUAUCUGGUUUCAGCUCUGAAUUCCAACCUCUCUCAUCUGAAACAUCUAAACCUGAGCUACAACAACUUGGAGAAUUCAGGAGUGAAGAAACUAUGUGGUUUUCUGAAGAAUCCCCACUGUCUAUUGGAGACUCUGAGAUUGCAGCGCUGCAGUUUGUCAGAGAUCAGCUGUUAUUACCUGCUUCCAGCCCUUCAGUGCAACCCCUCCCAUUUGAAACAUCUGGACCUGAGCACGAACAACCUUCAGGAUUCAGGAGUGAAGCAGCUGUGUGUUUAUCUGAAGUCUUCAGAUUGCAGCCUGGAGACUCUCAGUUUAUGGGGCUGCAAGUUGUCAGAGACCAGCUGUGAUUAUCUGUUCAAAGCUCUUCAGUCCAACACCCAUCUGAGAGAGCUGGACCUGACCUUGAACAACCUGCAGGAAUCACAUGUGAAGCAGCUGUCUGAGCUUGUGGACAGCCCACAUCACACACUGGAGGUUCUCAAGUGA